AUGACCAAAGGUACCAGCUCAUUCGGUAAGCGUCACACCAAGACUCACACCUUAUGCCGACGUUGUGGCAACCGCGCUUUCCACAAGCAAAAGAAGACUUGUGCUCAAUGUGGAUAUCCUUCUGCCAAAAUUAGAUCUUUCAACUGGUCUGAAAAGGGAAAGAGAAGAAAGACCACCGGUACUGGUCGCAUGGCUCACUUGAAGGAGGUUCAUCGUCGUUUCAAGAAUGGUUUCCGUGAAGGUACUCAAGCCAAGAAGCAAACUGUUGCUGCUUAAAAUGGAAAUAAACAGAAUAUACACAGUGACGAUAUGCUCUCUUCAUAUAUAUUUAUGUGCGUGGUAUAUGCUUUUUUUAUUAUGCCUAUUAAUUAAGAAGAAGAAAAGGAGGAGGAG